AUGUCUUACGCCGAUCUCAAGAACAAAGUCUUCUUCGUUACGGGCGCUGCCUCUGGGCAAGGCCGCGCUACCUCCAUUCUCCUCGCUCGUCAAGGGGCAAAACUUGGCCUUUUGGAUCUAAACGACCCCCAAGAAGUCGUCAACGAAAUUAAAAAAGUCGGCGGUGAAGCCAUCGGAUUCAAAGUUGAUGUUACCAACUCUGCCGGAAUCGAGGCCGCCGUGAAAGCAACCAAGGAGCACUAUGGCAAGAUUGACGGUGCAGCCAAUCUCGCCGGGUGGAUUGGAACUCAGGGGUUUACAGGAAAGGGGUAUGCACUUGAUGCCAUCAAGGACGAGGAGUGGGAUAAGAUGAUGGCAAUCAAUCUGAACGGCAUUCGGAACAGUUUGUCGUCGGAGCUUAGACAUAUUGCCGACAGUGGAAGUAUUGUCAACGUCGCGAGUAUUGCAGGCCAACGAGGCUCCCCAUGGAAUGCUCCAUAUGGAGCAGCUAAGUGGGGUGUUAUUUCCUUGACUAAGUCGGCCGCCCAGGAAGCGGGAUCUAAGAACGUUAGAGUGAACGCUGUGGCUCCUGGUGUUGUCGAUACGCCCCUCGCUACUGCUCUUGGCUCCCCUGACCUGGUUUUCCAGAGAUUGGUUGCGAGAUCCGCGCUGCAACGCCUUGCCCAACCCGAAGAAAUCGCCCAAUGUAUUCUAUUCUUGCUGAGCGAUGCUUCUAGCUUUGUCACAGGAAGUGUCCUGAAUGCCGAUGGCGGAUUCCAGUAG